AUGGACGAUCAUUAUCCUUCCCUGGAGGUUAUUUCCCUCCUCAACUUCCACGCAAGUUGGGAUACAAGGCUACUGACAACACCCGUUUCCUUGCGAUCCAUCGAUAUAGAUUGGACCGAGGGGUGGCGCCCGAAUCGGCCUCCCCUGCGCCCCCCUCUUCGCGAGGUGCUGGCCAUUUUGCAACGGCAUUCGCGCUUGGAACGGCUGGUUUUGGACCAGAAUCUGCCCAUGGUGGACGACGCGCUCGGCGACCUACCGCAAGUCUCCCUUCCGAACCUGAGGUUUCUUCGCAUCCACGACCACCUGCCGGUAACGCAUGCCUUCUUCACGCAUCUUCAGCUACCAGAAUCUUGUCGAGUCGAGAUAAAAGUCCUGGAGACGGCACAUUUCCGAUUGGAUGCGAUAACCCUCGCGUCGUUGACUCAGGCGGUUCUGUCUCGUGCACGAGGCGUUCAGCAGCCGCGUAUCGCCAUGGACCUCGACGAAGCCACGAAGAUUGUGUGCUGCUCCGAAUCUUGCACAGAUGAGCCGGAGGUCAGCCUUACUUGGCCACGCGCGAGGGACGCACAGGACCAGCGCAUCCUGCACGAUUUCUCGCCGCUCGGGUCCGCAUUUGGCAAGAUCCCCGCCACAAAACUCGUGGUGUCCAUAGGUGCGAAGGCGCCGAGGAUCGGGCCAGAUUUUUGGCGAAGGAUAGCUGGAGAGCUGUCGUCCGUGGCCACAGUACACCUCAACAUGCGCGGUCGUCUCCCAUCAUCUUUCGUACAGGUUCUCGCUCCCUCAGAAAAAGGCACGAAACGAUUGUUACCGAACAUGCGUACCCUCAUCGUCGGCGGUGUGAGCAUCGGGAAGUUCAAGGCGGAGAGUGAUACUCGUACAGUCGAUUUGUUGCUCUCGGGUUUGAAGCUUCGGACCAGCGAUGGUAUAUUCAAGACUCUAUGCAUGGCCGACGGUCUACAGAAGACCGACGAAUGGAUCCGAGCUGGUGUGGAAAAAGCGAUGCCGAUCACCGUAUGGGGACUUCGCAACUUGGAGGAGGAACCAGGUUCGACGAGGUAG